AUCUCUAUGGCAAAUUUUCCCAUCAAAUGAUCUCUCAGAGUAUAAGGUGUUUUUCUCUUCUCCCACCCUCCUGAGAAUCUAAAAGCAAAUUCUACUCAGAGAAGGGACACAUAAGCAUCAUGGGAAAAGGAUCCGGUCCCGUGGAGAAAAGCCGGGCAGAAGCCAAGAAGGCCAAACUCCUCUACCAGGAGGUUUGCUUAGCGGCUCAGCGCCUUGACUUGUUCCUUGGAAAUGGCAAUGCCCACAAUGAAGUUUUCAAACCCCAUGUUCUCGCCCUCAGGGACUUGGUUCAGCAAGUUUGCAUUAAGCUCAUGUUCCUGCACCCGGUGGAUUAUGGGAGGAAGGCCGAAGAAUUGUUAUGGAGGAAGAUGUACUCUGAUGUUGUUAUGCUGUUGAUGAAGACCAACAGAAAACACACUUUCAAGCAGUGGGAGGGCCCAUUGAGAGCUCAUCUGGUGGGUGGCCUCAAAUUCUAUGAGCAUCUCUUCUUGUUUCUUCAGCAACACUAUGAGCUGAGGCUGCAGAGUUACAUAGAUUGGCCCCAUUGUGCAUUCCACUUGAUUGGCUGUGAGAAAGUGGGGCCCACAUCCGAAGAAGAGGCAGCCUGGGCCCAAAUGGCCUGCCAUCGCUGCCUACUCUACCUGGGGGACUUGUUCCGCUAUCAGCAUGAAUUCCUAGCCCUGGCCACCAAGGACUUGGCUGAGAGGUGUUAUUAUCGAGCCCUGUCAGUGGCCCCACACAUGGGAAUGCCCUUCAACCAGUUGGGAGCUCUCACAGGGAGCAAGUACUACGAUGUGGAAGCCACGUACUUCUACCAGCGUUGCCUCCACUCAGAAGUGCCUUUCAAAGGGGCAGCUUGGAACCUGAAACAACUAUACGAUCAUGCUGGAAAAAGAUACAGUCGCCUGAAAAGGUAUCAGGGCAAGAAGCUCUCUCCCAGACAGAGGCGGUGUUGGGAUAACAAAAGACUACUGGUUAGCUUCCUCUACCUUCAGAGCCUCCUGCAGCCUCAGAGGAAACCCAGAACCACCCGGCUGAUAGCUCUGUGCCAGUUGGUCCUGGACGACUUUCGCCUCUGCCUUUCCUAUCGGCCGUGCCCAUCUGACCAGGGUCAGGCUGCCGUGGAGGGAAAGCCUCCACGAGGCUACUUGUUUCUCCCGGACCUUCUCAUCUUCCACAUGGUGAUUCUUUGCCUCAUGAGUAUCCACAGCCUGAGGAAAGCAGGCUCAAGGCAGCCCAGCCCAGCGGUCAUCUUUACCUUGACCCUUUUUUCUCAUCUGAUUCGCCACGUGAACACUCGAAUCCAGGCCGAGCUUCAGAAAGGGAAGCUGACUCCCGAGGUGGUGACCCCCACGGAGGGCAGCCAGGAGACAGAGACCGCGAAGGAGCAGCACGACAUUCCAGCCCCCUGUCCUGGGCUCCACCCCAGCAAACCGCGGAAAAGCUACAGGACACCUGAUGUUUCCGGUGAGGAUUACAAGUCGGGCGCCACUUUCCGUUCCUGCGGUGACUCCGACGAGACAGAUGAAGAGGAAAACAUGUUCUCAAGUUCACGGGCCCAUUCUGAAAGCGGUAGUGAAACAUCUUAUUCAGAUGCCCCUGACGCAGAAGCAAACGACUCCCCGAAUCCUGCAGCCAAGCAGGAAGGUGGGGCAACGUCCAGCUAUAAAGUUGCUCAGCCCAGAGAAAAGCUGAUGGCGGUCAAGCUUCCCAGGAAUCUCCUAGAUUUCUUGAGAACAACUCUCUCUGCCAACCUGCCAACCCCGCCGAGCCAUACACACCCAGGGAAUCCUGGUUCUCACGUGGCGCCUGCCUGCAUGCCCAAGGCUCUGAUGGCACAGUCUGAUCGGAGUCCUGCGUCCAGCACUGCUUCUGCUGUGGAUGACAAGUCAUGCUCUCCCAAGACAGAGCUGCCCACCGGUUCCUACUUGGGACAGAACACGUCCACCCACCCGUCUUGCAAUCACCUUCAGACUGUUCAGAAGAAACUGAAGAUCCUCUCUGCGGAAGGGCUGCUGCCCACCGUCAAGGUGAUUGUGAGCUGGCUCCGCGCCAACCACUGCCUCCUCACUUCAUAUUGGCGCAAUCGACUUAGCCUGUGGGACCAUCUGUCAGUGCUGCUGAACCUGCUGCCCUCAGUGGCAGACCUGCAGGACCCAGGCCUUGGCCUGUCCCACCAGCUGCAAGACCUGCUGCAGAGCUGUAAAGGCUCCCGCCCUCCCAGGUUCCUGUAUCUCCCUGAGGAUAUUGCUUUGUGCCAGCACGCCCCACUGAAGGCUUCCCAGGACAGGGUGUACUUGGAUCAAGACCCCCCUGCCCUCAGUCCCCAGGAUGAAGCUGCUGUACGCAUCUGUUUCCUCAGAAGCUUUGGCCACUUUGCCACGCAACUCCCUGGAAGGCUCCUGAGGUUCAACUCUAAGUUGGGUGUCUUUGUGAGCAGUGGCUGUGCAGGAUCAGAAAACCCUUCUCGGCAAUUUCCUCAGAGAACUUCAAGGAUCAGGUUUUCGAAAAACAUCGUUCAGCUCUGGCUUCACCGUGAAGUAGUGCAGCUGGAGAAGACUCUAAGGGGCCUCCAGACUCAGCCAGCUCUGACCCCUUACCUGUUCCCUGACCCCAGAGCCCUCUGUGAGCAUCUUCCCGUCAUCCAGCAACUUGCCACCAGUGGUAAGUUUUUCCUCAUCAUCCCCAAGAUUGUGGUUGACAUCCUGUACCUCCUAAUAAUGGAAGACUAUAGGGCAUGGGCAGCCAUCGCUUUCCUAGAGGGUGAGCUGAGAAGAGGCAACCAGUACAUUCUGUGCCAGUGCUUUGUAACCAAGACGUUUGUGAGACCCAGGAUGACCAGGCCAGACUCCGAUGCCUGGGAUCUUUAUAACAUCCUUGACUUCUGCAAGAGCGUGCUGAGGUCCUCUAGGCCAGGCCCACUGGAUCCCAGGCGCCUGGUCACCAUCAUCACAGGCAUCUGUCUGGAUAACGCUAGGAAUUUCUCAUAUCCCCUGCAGUUGGCCCUGGGGACAGCAACGGAAGCUGGCGUGGAAAUAAAGAACAUUCGGCGCUUCUACAGAGAGUGGAAGGCAAUCAGCUGACAUUAUUGCUUCUCUCUGCUUCUCCUCCUCCUCCAUCACUUAGGGGCGGGGCUCCCUUUGUUCCUCAUUCUGGUCAGCACCAAUGUUGAUGGUCGAUGUUGAAUACAAAGCAUACCUGUAUCUAUCCCCGGGUAAUGUUUUACUGUGCCUGUGUCCCCCAGCCUUCGUGUGUCCUACUGUGUCAUCUUGGCUGGUUACUGUGUUCUCUCGUUGGCAAAUUUCAUGAUUAAGCAAAUUCAGUGUGUAACAUUCCUCCGGAGAAGCCACACAUUAAGGAGGCACUCUCAAGUCCAGAUCCAAUGUACUUAGCUCUGUUUUGUGACAUGAACCUUUUCCUUUUAAUGCUGUUUUCUUGUGAUGGGACCAUGUCUCUAACCUAAGGCCUCGGCCGUCAGCGCAAACUCAAUACGUUUAAAAGUCACAUGGACGAUUGUGGUGAAGGAUUUUACUGCACUCUGGUCAUUUUCUGUGUUCGUUGCAAGUUUUUUCUGUUGACGAGACUACUCACAAUUGUGAGUUUUAACUUAUGACCAGAAUUCACAUGGUGUACACACAAUGUCAUUGUAAGAGAACAGAAAUCCCCUAGAAUGUACUCCAAAGGCGUGAUUGCGAAAAUGUCCCAAAAGGUCAGAAGGAAAAGCAAGAAACAGAAUUUCACGAUAGCCAAACUCGAAGAACUUGAACAGCUGUGGAAGGACAAAAUAAUAUGCCAAUCGCAUCCCUGUGUCCAGGUGAUCAAGAAUAGAACCGAGUCUGCCAGUCCCUGGAGCUCUUGCCCCCACGCCAUCCCAAAGGGACCUGAGCUGCUCAGAUCCCUUAAAAGUCCUCACAUCAGGCUCUCUACCCAUCACAUCCAGAAUGUUCCUUCCUGAAAAUACAUCAUAUUUCAGGGCCAAACUUAAUAUAUUUUGGGGUCCAUCUGAGUCUUUAGCUUUGGGGCCUCAUCCCUCAGUAACUCAACCUUAGAUACGAUUGUCCACCUCGCAUGUCCUUAAUUCCAUAGAAUUAUGCUGAGAACACCACUCCUGGUUUCUCAGCAUACUUUUCAGUGACUUUAAACCGUCUCAAUACCUCCUCAUAUGUUCUCCUUCACAAUGCCUUUAUUUUAAAGUACACUUUUGGUAGUUUAUAAUCUUUAUUGAAAAAGUUUCAACUACAUGCUUAUAGAUAGUAGAAGGAGAGGACAAACCUAAGGCUCAGCAGCACCUACAUCGUCACUUUGGGUGCUUUGAGUUAUUACAACCAGCCAUGCUUCCUCUGUGUUAAUGUUUCUCCCACUUGUAGUUAUAUCUGAUAAAUAUUAUUUCAGCUUUUUAUUACAUAAUCUUCUUGGUGUCUUUAAGUAGUUUUUUAC